CACCCCUCGCCCGGGUGCCUGCCGUGCCCGGCCCCAGACUGCCAGCUGCUCGGCGCCCGGCUUCGCCAUGCGCUCCGCCGCUGUCCUGGCGCUUCUGCUCUGCGCUGGGCAAGUCAUUGCCCUCCCUGUGAACAGCCCUAUGGAUACAGGGGAUACUGAGGUGAUGAAGUGCAUCGUUGAGGUCAUCUCGGACACGCUCUCCAAGCCCAGCCCUGUGCCUGUCAGCCAGGAGUGUUUCGAGACCCUGCGAGGAGAUGAACGGAUCCUGUCAAUCCUGCGACAUCAGAAUCUGCUGAAAGAGCUCCAAGACCUCGCACUCCAAGGUGCCAAGGAGAGGGCGCCUCAGCAGAAGCACAGCCGGCUUGAGGACGAACUCGCAGAGGUUCUCGAGAAGCAGAACCACCAGGCUGAGCUGAAGGAGGUGACAGAAGAGGCGCUCUCUGAGGAUGCUGCAGAGCCAAGAGGGGAUUCUAAAGAGGUGGAGAAGAAUGGGGAAGAUGCGGAUGGAGCCAGGCCCCAGGCCGCCCUGGAGCCCGAGCAGGAGUCCAGGGUUGAGGAUGCCCAGGCCCCAGGGGAGGAAAAGGAGGCCAUCAACACCCACUCCCCAACCCGCCUCCCCAGCCAGAAACACCCAGACCCACAGGCUGAAGGGGACAGCGACAGCCCCUCCCAGGGUCUGGUGGACAGAGAGAAGGGCCUGGGUGCAGAGCGAGGGCAGCAGGCAAAGAGAGAAGAGGAGGAGGAGGAGGAUGGAGAGAAGGCUGACGCUGAGGAGGAAGGCCCCACCGCAGCAGUUAACCCCCACCCGAGCCUCAGCUAUAAGAUCCGGAAGGGAGAGAGUUGGUCCGAGGCUCUGGCCGUGGAUGGAGCCAGGAAGACUGGGGCUGAGGAGGCUCAGCCCCCCGAGGGGCAGGGGGAGCGGGAGCACUCCCGGCAGGAGGAAGAGGAGAAGGAGGAGACGGUGGGGGCCUCUCGAGGCCUCUUCCGGGGCGGGAAGAGCAGGGAGCUGGAGCAGGAGGAGGAGCAGGAGCGGCUCUCCAAGGAGUGGGAGGAUGCCAAGCGGUGGAGCAAGAUGGACCAGCUGGCCAAGGAGCUGACGGCCGAGAAGCGGCUGGAGGGGGAGGACGAGGAGGAGGACGACCCUGACCGCUCCAUGAAGCUCUCCUUCCGGGCCCGGGCCUACGGCUUCAGGGGCCCCGGGCUGCAGCUGCGCCGAGGCUGGAGGCCGUCCUCCCGGGAGGACAGCAUCGAGGCGGGCCUGCCCCCGCCAGUGCGCGGCUACCCGGAGGAGAAGAAAGAGGAGGAAGGCAGCGCCAACCGCAGACCAGAGGACCAGGAGCUAGAGAGCCUGUCGGCCAUCGAGGCGGAGCUGGAGAAGGUGGCCCACCAGCUGCAGGCACUGCGGCGGGGCUGAGGCGCCACCCGGCCGCGCCAGCCAGGGCCCCGAGGCACCCUGUGGUCCUGGCUCUGCUGUCCCCUCUGCAGGUCCUGGCCAGACGGCCUGGGCGCUGCUUCCGGUAGGGCAGCCCCCUCAGCCCAGGCCACCCUGUUGUCCCCACACUCCUUUCCUCCUGCUCUUGACCCCUGCCCCAGGGUGCCCCUCUGCAGGGCAGACCCCCAUGACUAUAAACGACUAUCCUCUCUCUGAACACGGGCAAAUUUCUAGAAGU